GGACGGCGGCCCGGACGGCGACAGCAGCGCCCCGGGCACGCCGCCGCGGGGCCCGCUGCGCGCGGCGCUGCAGCAGCUGCGCGGCGUGGCCGACGACCUGGUGCCGCCUGCGGCGCGCAGGCGGUCCACGACGCCGGGCAGCGGCGAGGCGGGCGGGCGGCAGGGCGGGGACGCCGCGGCGGGCUCGCCGUCGCGGGGCAGAGCCGAGGCGGACGAGAGGACGCCGCCGCCGCCGCC